AUGCCUGCUAGCCCGCUAGGAAACCCGCCGCCGCAGGCGACGAAACGAAGAGGCACUAAGGACGACGGGGACAGAGAUGUAGGGGUCGACAGGGACGAACAAGAAGCCUUGAGCGAGGGGGAGGCGGUGGCGAGAGGGCUAGCGGAGGAGCGGAUGAACCGCACGCUGUCGCUGCCGGAGUGCCCGUGCCUGCGCCAGCCGCGGGUCGUCAGCUACGCCGAGGUUGGCGACCCCAAGGGCUUCGUUGCGUUCUUCAUCCUGGGGGUGGACUCUCACCGUUACAUGUCGUUCCUGCUGGACAAGCCUGCCAGGGCCAGGGGGGUCCGGCUGCUCUGCCUUGACCGGCCGGGGAGGGGAAGAACGAGCGACUUCGAGGACGAAAAGGCAAAUCGCAUCCUCGACUUUCCGGAGGUUUUGAGGCACUUCUGCGUAGAGGCGGGGAUCAAGUGCUUCUCGUUAGUGGGGCAGUCUCUCGGUGCGAGCUACGCGUUGCGCUGUGCACAGGAAAUGCCUGACAAGGUGGCGACAACCGUCUACCUCAUCAGCCCCUGGGUGCCGCUAUCCGUCCCUGGAUCCAGCCGGGCUCUCGCCAAGGUGGAAAAGUUGCCAGAGUGGGUAAUCAAGACUGGGAUGGCCAUGGGUAACGCCAUGCCUCGACUGCUGGCGGCUGCGGGAGGCCUUGGCCUGAUGGUGAAGGGGUGCAGCGAGGGGGAGAGCCCGAUGGCCGGGUCUCGGACAACGGCCGAGGUGCUUAAGGCGGUCGGGAGCGCGGGAGAGCAGACCCGCGGGGUGGCGAUGGACGCCCUUGCCGCCCUCGAGAAGACCCAGCCGCUGGGGUUCGACUACCGAGACGUGUCCAUGCCCGUGCACGUCUUCCACGGGAGGGCGGACCACAUGGUCCCGUUUCCCGCGGCCCAAUGGAUGGCGGAGGAGAUGCCGGCGUGUACGGUGUCUGUGAAGAUGGGGGGAACGCACGCCCUGAUCAUGGACAGCGGUGUGGUGGACUGCGUGCUGGAGUGCAUGUGCGAGGACUUCAAGCACUUCGAGGAACACGCCGCCAGCCGUCGGUUGAAGAAGCGCCCGCCCUCUGAAUCGAAAUCCUCCGCGGGAAAGGUGCCUGAAGCCGCCUUCAGCUUUCCCGCCCACACUCAGCACUUCCAGGCGAAGGGGGUGCUACGAUGUCGAGAAGGCGUGCUUAUCAAGAGUUGGGAAGAGAGGUACUUCGUUUUGGAUGGCUACGAGCUGCACCAGUUUGAUGGGCCGGACAGCGCAACAGCCCGGCGAGUGGUCGACCUCCGAGGAAGCGUCGCCAAGAUGCGGGAGGGCGACGCCGAAGCGCUAAGCCGCGAACGCUCCGCUUCGACCCAACAUCGAUUGUUCCCUUUCAAGCUGUACGACGCCAAUCAUCGCUUGCUACACGAGCUGGCCGCGAAAAGUACCGGAGAUCGGUCAUCCUGGGUAGAAACCCUCACGAAAGCCUCGAGAUUCUCGGCGGGGUCCGGGGACGAUCGACGGCAGGCCGCGCUCAAUAAAGGUUUCCUCGUGACAACGACGAGAGCGGCGGCGGCGGCGGCGGGCAGCAGAGGGGGGGGAGGGCAUUGA